UUCCUAAUCUACCCUUGCCCUACAAUUUCUUUCCAACGCCUUUGAAAAGAUAUCAUCUCAUCCUCUUUUAGAGGCAACCAAGAUCCUUUAAGACUAACGAUUUGAACAUGCCCCCCCACCAAUCAACACCCUUCUUCUCAUCACGCAUAAGACUUGUGCUCAAUUUCAAGGAGGAUAGAAAUGAUAGGUUCAAUUUCAACCUGCUGGUAAGAGAUGAUCGAUUGCAACCUACCUACUCGUAAGUCCAAUUUCAUAUUAUGUUUUAUAAAAUCCAUGUUUAUAAUCAUAAAAAAAGUUUGUUGGUAGUGCUAUAACAGAUGACUGAUGUGGAAUUGGAAAAUUUUUAAAGUCACAAACUUUUUUAGCUUUUGGGGCUCCUAAUGCAUGUUAUAUGUUUGAUAAAAUGCAUAAACCAAUAUUUAUAAUUUAUUAAGAUGCGUACAAGAUACCAGUAUAUAUUGAAGCUUAUAUAUUAAGCUCCUUCUGGUGUUACCCAAAAAUAAAGAUAAAGUUUGGUUGUCAAUUUUAGUCUCUUUUAUUUUUAAUUUAUACAUUUCUAAUUUAUUUUAUCUGCUAAUUAUAAUUUAAAUGCAAUAUUUAAUAUUUAUAAUAUCAUUUUAUAUAUUAAUUUAUAAUAAUUAAUCAUAAAUUUAGAGUUUAAUUAAUAAAAGGAUGUAUUAGACAAUAUAUAUAAAUUAUAAAAAUAAAAUGUUCUAAAAAUAUAUUUUUUGAAAUAAAAGAUAAGAUAGAAAAUAAAAUAGAGUUGGAAAUGAAAUACUAUUUACUCCAUUUACUCCAUUUAUGCUUCCAUUUACUCAUUUACUCCAUUUAUGAGGGAAAAAACGAAAAUAGGUUGGAAAUGAUGUAAUGAGAUACACUGUUUAUCUUGUGAAUAAACAAAACAAUGUUGUUACUAUAUAUUAUAGAUAACCUCGCCUCCACAACCACAAACUUGUUACCCUCAGAAAAGCACCAUAAUAAAACCUAAACAAACUUUGUUAUUUAGUUCGUUAUUAACUUUUUUGAGACAUAGUAUUACAAAACAAACAGGUAUUAUCAUUCUUUUACCUUAUUCUUAUUGUGGAUUUUAAAUUUCAACUCCGAAGAUUUUCUGUAAAUUAUAAUAAAAAUUUUAUAAAUAAAAAAACCACUCAAUAUAAGGUUAAACAACCUAGCACGCUUAGAUGGUAAAUUAUACGAUAUUUUUUUAAAAAAAAUAUAGCUUCGUUUACUGAACCUUGUCCAUCAUGUAAGAAUUCAAGAGGUUCACCCAAUAACGAUGCCCAGCUCUAUUUCCCUGAUGUUUACGAGAGAUCGAUUCACUUUAUAAUUUGGCAAUAGAUCCCUGCUUUUAUACAUCAGGUUAAAACCCUUUUAAUUUUGGCAAACGGUUAUGAUAACUACAGUUUAAUUUACAUAAAUCUAAACUUAGAGAAUAGGAAUCAAUAGGUAAUUUGAAGAUUGUGGAAGACAAAACGGCAGAAGCAGUUUAUGUAUAAAAAUGUAGGUUUAAUCCAGGCCCCCAAAUCAGAGAAAAUCAGUGGGAGCAGACAUGACGACCUAAAAGUUACUUGAUCUCCGUGCACAUUACCAUGCUACCUUCAUCACAUAUAUCCAGAGCAUCGGCUUAUUUGUACACGGAUCCUUUGAUUCCUUGACGUAAAAAAAAAUUGAAGAGGCAAACAUCAAAACAAAAAAUAAUGUAAAUCAAAAAUCGAAAUUCAAUCGAUCGAAGAAACAAAAACAAAACAAUAGCGGCCAGAAAUAAAGAAAGGAUAAUUAAAUAUGAAAUCGGCCAAGAAGAUGAAAGAAAUCUAACAUAGAAACAUCGGCCGUCGAUGCUUGUAUAUAUAAGCAUAUACGAUAGAUGGGUUAGGGUUUCUAAUAUCAAGCCCAAAAUAACCCCCCACGGGCCUUACAUAGAAGUUAGAACUUAUUAGUGAUGAGGAUUGAUUAGGAUUUAGGGCAACAGCAUAUUAAUUUUUGAAAAAAAUUAAAUUAAGUUUUAAAAACUAGUUUUAGUUGAAUUUAGUUGAAUCGUUAUGAUAAUUGAUUUCCGGUUUAACCGUUUCAACCAAUGAGUCAAUCAGUUUUUAUAAUCUUUUAUUUUUUUUUCAUUUCCCUACACAUACAUAAAUUAAAUUUUGACUUUUACAUCUUCAAACAUUAAAAAUACAUAUAUAAACAAAUUGUAGAUCAACUCAAAUAUAUUAAAAUAACAUAUAACUAUAAGUUUUAUAUUUGUUCACAUACAUCAAAAAAAUAUAUAUAUAUAUAAUACCGAUACAAAAUAUAGUUUUAAAUGAAUACAAAUGCAUUAAAAAAUUCAUAAAAUUUAAUAUAUAUUUUUAUUUAGAGAAACUUAAAUACGUGUGAAAAAUAUCACCUAAGUUUAUUAUGCAUAAUGGUUAUUUUCCAUUUGUUUUUAUUCAAUUUAAUUGGUUCAACCGGAUUUUUGUAAAACCGGUUGGUUCGUUCGGGUUCAUAAAUAGUCAUAAAACUGGUGAUAGUUAAACCGCUAUCUUUCCUGGUUUCCGGCCAACCGGUUUAACCGGCCCACUCAAACCGAUUUUUAAAACAUUGUUAAAUGUGGUUUACAUAAGCACCCUCCUAACUUUCCACAAUUAUAUAUUAUUAACGAUAAUUACAACAAAUGAAAAAUAAUCGUCUUCCUAAUUGUUAUAUACCAAUUUCUAGAUUGGAUGAAACUAAAUGAUUUUUCAAAAUCAGGUAGAACAGUUGUGAUAGAACUUGUAAAAAAAUAGUUUGUACUAGUUUAUUGGUUGUGGAUAGUUGAAUUUGACUUAACCCGUUAAAAAUAGUUCAUUUCCAAAGCAAAUUGAAAAGCUCGAUUGAUUAGAUUAUCUAAAUUAUACACAACUUCGAAGAUUGACGCAUACCAAAUCCAGAUGUAAAAAAAUUCUUAAUUGUAUACUAGGUUAUAACUCAUAUACUACACCGUUAAUAAAACUAAAAACAACAUUGAAACUUAAAAAAAAAAAAAUAAUAAUAAUAAUAGUAAUAAUAAUAAUAAUUUGCAAACAUAUAAGAUGAGAUUGAAAUUACAAAUGAAUAUGUAUUUUAAGCAAGGUUCUAAAUGACAUGAGCCGUGGCUUGACGGUAAGGUCAAACUUAAGCCUUGACAAGCCAUUUCGUUUUUCUAGGCAUGAUAACUUUAUAUACAUUAAAAAAUAUAAAUCAUAUCGUUAUAGAAUUAUGUCAAAUAUAUCAAGUUUUUAGAAGUGUUAUAUUAUCAUUUAAUAUAGAAAAGUUAACAAAAAUUCAAUAUUUUUAGGCCCGAUGAGAAAACAAAAAACAAAAAAUUCCGCGCCUUGGAAAAAACCCGCACCCUAAUGCGAUAAGGUGCGUUUUGACACGGUAUUUGGUCACCACGCUUAACAAACCCGUCUAUGACGUUUUCGUAACGGCUACAUCAUGCCUCACGCCAUGACAUGCAUUUUAGAACCAUGAAUUUAAGUAAUAAAUCAAUAAUAUUCAAAAUGAUAAGAAAUAUUAAAUGUGAAUUAAUAAAAAGAAAACGUAAAACAAAAAUAAGUAAACACUGAAGUUUUCUAAAAGCAUAUAGACAUUUUCCAAUAGAAUUCUAAAAUGAUAGAUAUUUUUCCAAAAGAAUGUGAGCAAAAUAAAUGCUUACGCUUAAAUAAAGCAAUAUUAUUCAAAAUAACAAAAAUAAACAGACAUAAAUCAUAUAUUUUCAAAAAAACUUGUAAAUAACUACAACAUGUUGAUGGAAUUUAGAUAAAUACAUAUUUAAGUAAUAAAACAGUAUUGUUCAAAUUAACAAAAAGAACAUACAUAAAUCAUAUAGUUCCAAAGUUUUUUUUUCCUUGUAUACAACAUUCGAUGGAAUUUAGAUAAACUAACUUUAGAAAAUAGUUUUUUGUUGUAAAUCCAAAUUGUCAGUUGAAUAAUAAUCUACAAUUAACCAAUACAUGUAUGAUCGUUUGUGCCCUCUAUUGCAACCAUAAAAGAUUUUUCUAUAUCAAUUGUGAUAAUGUUAUGGGAAUUGGGAAGUAUGUUGUAACUGUAGCGGUAUCAAGUAUUAAGUAUUAGUAUGUGAUAUAAUCAGGAUUACAAUUGAAAUUAGCUAACCAAUUAUUUGCAUUUCCCAUGAUGGUAAAAAAAACGGUAUUCUUGAUAUUGUUGCGACCGACUAUUCAUAGCUUGGAAAUUCAAAUUGAUUUUGAGAUUUGAUUGAUUUGAGGUUUCAACUUGUUUAUUAAGAUGAAGAAAUAUCAAAUGUUUCAAUUUUGACUUUAGCUUCGUUUAAACAAACUUUGUUGAUUUUAGUUAGGGAUAAUGACUUAAAAGGGUAACAUAUUAUUAGUUUUGUACACAUUUAGUCCAUUAUUUUUUUAUCCACAUUUUACCCUUGAACUUGUUCUUGUGUAUAAAUUAAGUCAUUAUUACUGGUUGCUUCCGAUUAAGUUGGUCAUUUUGUGUUUGGAUAGUUUACAUGACAGUUACCCUCUUCCACCAUCAUUUAUCAAGAAACCUCAUUUACGAACGAAGAUCAAUUAGGGUUCUAUUGUAUUUAAUCUGUUCUUGAUCAGUGCCUCAUUACUUACCUUUCUCUUCUCUCAAUCUCUCAAUACACCAUUCUGAUUCAAUGGAGGAAAGCCAAGUUUUUCCAAAAGUCGAUGUACACUAUAACAAUACCUUUGUGCCUAAUCCAUUAGUGUAUUUUGGUCCACAAGUACUACGUCUAAAUGAAGAUGCAAACAAGUUUGUUUUCUCCGAUUUCAUUAAAUAUGUCGAGAAGCUUAUCGAUUUUUAGUGCAAGCAUGUGUAUUACUGUAUACCUGAAGUGAGAUUGAGUGAGGGGCUCCAAAAACUAUAAAAUGAAUGUGACUACUCUGAGUUUCUUAAGGUUGCAAAUGCUAACAGACAUGUGGAUGUGUAUAUUGACCGUGAAAAUGAACCUAUAAUUGAGUGGAUUCAGAAAGAAGAACCAGACGAUGAAGAACUUAUGUAUUCAGAAGAAGAUGUUGACUUUGUUUUGGCAAAUGAUGAGAACCGUGAACAUGAAGAGGAUGAAAUUGUUACAUCAAGCAAAAGAAUCUUCAAAAGAACCUAUAAUGAUAAGUUUUUGAACAAGUUAUGUCCAGUAGUUAUUGAAGAUGAAGAUGAAAAAGGCAAUGAACUUCCAACUAUCUACCAUAGGCAUGAUGCUACUCAGGAAUGGAGGAAGAUGAAGCCUGAACUAUGUAUGAGAUUCUCUUCUCCUGCUGAACUUAAGUCAUCUCUCAGUAACUAUGCAGUUGCACAUGGAUAUGACUUGUAUUAUGAGAAGAAUGACAAGGAUAGGUUGCUUGUAAAGUGUUGUAAAGGAAAAAGACCACAAUGCCUUUUCAGACUGUGGGCUUCCUGGAUGAAAUAUGAGCAAACAUUUCAAAUAAAGUCCCUUAGAGAAGACCAUAUUUGUUCAAAGGCAUUCAAACUUGGGUCAAUUGUUACCUACAAGUGGAUAGGGAAACAAGUUGUCACUGAUAUUUUGGAGCCCCCUAAAAUGAGUACGGGGAAGAUGAAAGCUAUGGUACCCAAGUUAUUCAACAUAAAUGUUCGUGUUGGACAAUGUAGGAAUGCAAAAAGAUUUGCAUUGUGUGAAAUUGAUGGUGAUUUGAAGGAUCAUUAUUCCAAGUUGUGGGAUUAUGGAGCUGAACUUGAAAGGGCCAACCCAGUAUCUCGUUUUGAAGUGUAUGUGCAGCCCCAAAAUAAUUCUAUUGUGGUGUUUGAAAGGUUUUAUAUGAGCUUUAAAGGAGUUGAUGACUGGUUAGAUGGGUGUAGGAAGGUAAUUUGGAUAGAUAGAUGUUUUCUGAAGGGCAUCUGUAAAGGGGAGCUCAUCCCAGCAGUAGGCAGGGAUAGAAACAGUAACAUAUACCCAAUAGUCUGGGCAGUAACAAAUGUUGAGAACAAGAGUACAUGGAAGUGGUUCUUGAACAAUCUAAUGGAAGACAUAGAUGAAGGGGAAAUGAUAAUGGAAUCACAUUGAUGUCAGAUGGAGACAAGGUACAUAUAUACACAAAUUAUCUUUUACAAAAAUUACCUUUUUCACAAACUAACAUUCCAAAUCAAUGUAGUGUAUAAUGGAGGUUGUGAAAGAAAGAUGUCUAAAAGUUGAACAUAGGUUGUGUGCUAGGCACAUCCUUGCUAACUUCCAUAAAAAGUUUAAGGGUAAGUGUUACAUUAAACCUUUUUGGAGGGAUGUAAAGGCAACUACAAGCACUUCAAGUAAAGUAAGAAAGGAGAGUAAUGCAAGAAACUGUCCUUCAUAAGUAGGUCCAAGCACUCCAGCUCUAAGUGCUCCAACACAUGUCAAUCAAGAUCCUUUGACUCAAGAGCAUGUCCAUGUGAAUCAAGAGUCUGCCAUUCAAGAGAACGUGCAUGUGAAUCAAGAGCAUGCGAAUGAAGAUCCUAUGAAUCAAGAGCAUGUGAAUGAAGUACCUAUGUUAGGUGUAAUUUGUGCACCUUUUUGCACACCUUUUAGUCCCUUUUCAUACAUCUAUUUAGCAUAAUUGCUCAUCAUUUUUAUUGAAUUUCAUCAUAUUCAUGUUAGUCUAUAGAACAACCUUAUUUGCACACUUUCAUGUCUUUCUCAGGUAAUCCGGAACUUGGAAUGCGCUUUGGGAGGUGUCGGGAAGCAUUAGUGAAGAUUUCGGGAUGAUCAGGCGAAGAACGAAAUAGUUGGAACAAUCAAAUUUGGAUUCGGAGUCAGGGGGUACACGGGUAGUGUUGACCAAAAUGGGAGUUGUUGACCAUGCUGAACACGGGCCGUGUUCAACCCAAAAACAAACUUUUGGCAAUUUUUCCUAUCUUUCAUAUUACGGAAAUCGGGUCAUUUUUAUAGAUACACACAUAUCAGAGCACAUUUUGUGAGGAGAUUUCGAAGGUUUUUGCAAGGGUUUGAUCAGUAAUCAUUUAGAAACAUUAUUUCUAGUAUUUGUAAGUUGUAAUUGCACAUUAUUUUCAUCUUUUUAACUUUUGAUAUUGUUCUAGCCAUGUGUGGCUAGAACCCUAGUUUCUCAAACUUCAUGUCAUGACUUAUUAGUUGUGAUUUCAAUCAUAUGACUUGAUGUUUGCUUUUAA